GCCCUGUCGUUUAACCGAAAAGAAACCCUAAAUUGGUCCGUCUCGCUCGCGGUUCCGGAAAUUCUUCUGCAGAGAAAUUGCGGGGGCGAAUUCCUCCCCGAAUUCGCCGGAUUCUUCGCGGGGUUCCGGCCAGGGAUCCGCCGGAUUCGCGUGCCGCUCGCGCGCUCCUCGCCCCGUGAUCUCCGCCGCCCUGCGCCCGCCGGGGAGACAGGCCCUGAUGUAUCGAGCUUCGCCGCCUGAGAUCUGGAACAUGGGGGCGGGAUUGUGUGAUGGAAUGUGAUAGACGCGUGGGGUUGUUGGGAUUGGAGUUUGGUCGAUGGAGCAUGAGGUGGGGAGCUCAAAUGGUGCUCAGGCUCCUAAGAAAGCCAGAUGCCUGGCUGUUAAGAGCCUGUAUAAUGCCGGGUCGUCGAAGGAGGAUGCCGGGAGGAUGCAAAGUAAGAACUUGAAGAGGCAAAUCAGCUCCGACGAUGGUGGCGAUGAGAAUAAGAGGAAAAGGGGUAAGAAGGAGGUAUCCCUGAGUAGCUUGAAGAAGAGGAAGGAGAAGAGGCUGAGCGAUGUAACUAAUGCCGGGGCUCAUUUCGGCUCGCACGAUUCGUCGGAGUCGAAGCCCGAGGUGGACGAGAGGCCGAGCUCAAAUGGCAAUUUGCAUGGCAUUGGACUUAGUCUGGACGACAACGUCGUUAAAAUUCCGAAGCGGAAGCGCGGAAGUUUGGGGCGAAAAAGAUUGAAGCAUACUCAAGAGUCGAAUCCAGCUGAGCCCUCCGUCAGCAGAUUGGAUUUUGCUGAUCCAUCUGGGAAGCUAACAGACGGUGAUCCUGAAAGACGAAGCGGCGGUGGAAAUAUUAAAGAGGAGGAUGCUUUGGAUGAUAUGAAGGAGAACGGGCAUAGCAUUGGCGGACCUUUGCAGGAGCAGGAUAACCUUUUGGGGAGUUCUGCAACAGACAAUGGGAAACCGAAAAAGUCAGUCAAGAAGCGUCGAAAGCAGAGAGAGGUGAAGCCGGGAGGCGCUCAAAGUGCUGUGGUGGAGGCAGGUUCUGCAGUCGAUGUCUCCACCAAGAGAUGCGAUGAUCAGCAGCAGGAAGAUGACGAGGAGAAUCUGGAGGAAAAUGCUGCUAGGAUGCUCUCCUCACGGUUUGAUCCAAGCUGUACUGGGUUUUCUUCAAAGAGUAGAGCAUCGCCAUCGCCAUCUCCAUCGCCAUCAUCAAACAGCUUGUAUUUUCUGUUAUCUUCUAACGGAAAAUUUUUAGAUCAAGGAUGUACGUCUCGUGCUUCACCAAGCUCUGCAUCUGUUAAAGCAGCUAACAGAGCCUUGCGGCCAAGAAAUCAGCACGGAGAGAAGCUACGUUCUCGGAAAAGGAGGCAUUUCUAUGAAAUUCCUUCUGAGCAGGUGGAUGCAUACUGGGUUUUGAACAAAAGAAUUAAGGUCUUCUGGCCUCUAGACCAGUGCUGGUACCAUGGCCUCGUAAACGACUAUGAUGGAGAAAAAAAACUCCAUCACGUCAAGUACGAUGACCGUGACGAAGAAUGGAUCGACCUUCAAAAGGAACGUAUCAAACUCUUGCUACUUCCUGGUGAAGCUCAGACCAAGUUUGCAGUAGGCAGCAGGAAGAGAAGGGUGGAGCCUACCAAAGAAGAGGAAGAGAGACCUUUGACUUCAGCCAAUGAUGGCUGUAUCAGCAAUUAUAUGGACACAGAACCAAUCAUUUCAUGGUUGGCACGCUCAAGUCGUGGGGUCAAAUCUUCUUCUUCUCGUGCUGUAAAGAAACGAAGUGUCGGUCCAUCUCUGAAAACGAAGCCUUCAUCAUCUGCUGCUGAUGCUGUGGAUACACGUGGGGCCACUUCUGCUGGUUCUUUCCCGAAAGGAGGCCAAACGGCAUUUCAUGGAGAUCGUGUCUCAACAGGUGGACUUUUUCGUGCUGGAAAGGUUGAGAAAACUGCAAAGAGCUCCAGAUCUCUGAAAGGCAGCAAAUCUCCUAUUGUUUACUACAGGAAGCGGUUUCGCCGGGCUGGUGAUGCCUUGUACCAAAGAGUAGAGGACGAUGCCUUCACGUCGAGGAAAUUGGAUUCUCACGGGUCUUUGUUGACCAUUGAAGAGACGGGCUUCUUGAAAUUAAUCUAUUUAGUGAGAAGAGAAGCAAACGAUAUCAUGGUCAGUUCUCUUCUCCGCCCUUUUAGAGUAGAGGAUUCCCAGCUAGUCUAUGAUCUCGUUCUGCUUUAUCAUGGAAGACUGGUGACCGUGUGGCCUGUGGUGAAGUUGGAGAUGCUUUUUGUCGAUAGCAUUGUUGGUUUGAGGCUUCUCUUGUUUGAAGGAUGCUUGGGGAAGGCUGUAGCAUUUGCGAUUUCAGUUUUAAAUCUGCUUGGUGAGUCUAACGGGGAGGUGAAAUUUGUAAGCUUGCGAUCUCCGAUAACUUCUGUUAGAUUCAAAUUCUCUAGUGUUCAAGGUUGUGAAAACCAACUUGUGUUUGGAUUUUACAACUUUUUGAGAUUACAACGUUCGAAGAGGUCGUGCUUAGAAUCGAUACUGAGGGAGAAUUGUUUGCUAGUUGAGAAACUUUCUCCUUCUGAAUGCACUUACAACGCGCUUCAAAAUGGAGACAUCCCAUUGCUGCCACCAGCUGCUUUGGACUCUUCGCUAGAGGGUCUCAAGAAGAUGACCGGUGAAGCAAUGGGGCCCUCAGAUGUCUCUAGAGAUAAUGGCGACGAAAGUGGGGGAAAUUCUUCAGUUUCUGAUGCAGAGUACACAAAGUUUCCUCAGUUUGCUCUCCCCAUUACCGCUGCUUCUACUUUCUUUCUGAGCUUGCACCUGAAGCUUCUUUUGAAUCAUAGCAUCUCCAAAAUUAGUUUUGUUGAGCUUAAUCAGGUGAAAAGUGCAGAAAAUGCAAGCAUUUUGGCUCAAUCUAACAUCGCUAUUGGCCAAGAAGCUCCAUCAAGAGAGAGUCCUUGUGAUAAGCACUUGCAAUUUGCUAAAGAAGAUCAGGCUGUUGAGCUGGUUGUUUGCAAGGGUACUGCUGUAGAUGGUGAUGAGGUUGGGCAGGUGCAGGAAGGGCAAGGAACUUACGCAGCAUCAGAAAAAACGUCAAGUCCUCCGCUUGAUGGGGAGAAGAUCACAAAUGGUGCUUGUCCUUCUUUGCAGAUAGAUAUUCCCUGUUAUAAUGAAGGCGAAAAGCCUGUUCAUGAUGGAUCCCUGCGCAGUUUGCCGCCUACUGAUAUGGCUUGCGAUAUGAAUGGCAACCUCGCCCCUAGUCCAAAUCCCACCGCACCAAGAAGUGUAUGGCAUCGCAGUAGAAGUAGUUCAUUUUAUGGACACUUCUCACGUGGUUGGUCAGAUGCAAAAUCUGACGGUUCCCUAAAUAGUUUUGGCAAUGGACCAAAGAAGCCGCGGACACAUGUCACUUACUCAUAUCCUUCCGGGGUUUCAGGUUCAAGCUCAAAGCCACAACAGAGAACAAUUCCUCACAAAAGAAUCAGGAGACCCAAUGAAAAGAGGGCCUCAGAUGUGGCGCGAGUUUCUCAAAGAAACUGGGAGUCUUUAUCCUGUCAUGCAAACUUGUUAAUCACAGUGGGGGACAGGGGAUGGAGAGAGAGUGGGGCAGAGGUGGUACUUGAACUUGUUGAGAAUGAGUGGCACCUUGUAGUAAAAGUCUCAGGAACCACAAAAUAUUCUCAUAAAGCGCAUCAGUUUCUGCAGCCUGGGUCCACUAACAGGUAUACACAUGCUAUGAUGUGGCGAGGAGGGAAAGAGUGGACACUUGAAUUUCCAGACAGAAGCCAAUGGGCUCUUUUCAAGGAGAUGCAUGAAGAGUGUUACAACAGGAACUUCCGUGCUGCAUCAGUAAAAAACAUUCCGAUUCCUGGUGUCCGCGUGGUGGAAGAUUAUGAUGAUAAUGGAAUGGAGCUGUCAUUUCGCAGUUCUGCUAUCUACUUCCAGCAGGUUGAAACAGAUGUUGAAAUGGCCUUGAAUCCGUCUUGUGUCCUAUAUGACAUGGAUAGUGAUGAUGAGCGGUGGAUUUCAUCUUGUCAGAGUUCUUCAGAUGUUCAUGAUAAUGGCUCUGGGCGCAUAUCUGUGGAGAUAUUUGAGAGGACAAUGGACAUGUUCGAGAAGAAAGCUCAUGCUCUGCAGCGUGACCAUUUCACAUCCGACGAAAUGGACGAUCUGAAGUUGAGUGCAGGGCUGGUGGUGAGAGGUAUUUAUGAACAUUGGUGGCAGAAGAGGCAAAAGAAAGGAAUGGCAUUGAUUCGACAUCUUCAGCCGCCAUUAUGGGAAAUCUACCAGCAGCAGUUGAGAGAGUGGGAGCUAGCUUUGAAUAAAGGGAACUCUGCUGCUUCCGAUGGAUGUCAGAAGGCUUCAGCCACUGAAAGACCUCCCAUGUUUGCUUUUUGUAUGAAACCUAGGGGCUUAGAAGUUCCUAACAAAGGUUCAAAGCAAAGGUCUCAAAAACGAUUCUCAGUCACAGGGCAAAGCAAUGGUUUUCAUGGAGAUCACGACAGUUUUCAUGCUUUUGGGAGAAGAUUGAACGGACCUAGUUUUGGAGAUGAUAGGGCCCUCUAUUUGGGACAUAACUAUGGACAUGUAGACAGUUCUCAGUUGGCACAAGCAUCUCCAUUGGGAUAUUCUCCGCGAGAUGUCCCUGGCCAGGGAUAUUUCCCAAUUGGCAAUGAUGGAUCCAAUAGAAAUUAUUCUCCGAGACUACAGAGACAUAAGUCAAAGAAAUCUGGUGCUGUUGCAUCCCCUCGACAUUCACAGAUGGUCACUGCCUACAGUAGGGGAACCACGGGCAGUAAAAAGAAUACCCUUCACUGGAAUUCUCAUCAACGAUUUUCAUCUGAAGUCUCUCAUAGACCAUCUAGUGAGCAGUGGGACCGGAUGGAUAUGGACGAAUAUAAAUUGUUGGAUGCAUCUGGUGCAGCGCUGUAUGCAUCUAAUUUGGCUAAGCUUAAGAGAGAGAAGGCGCAGAGACUUCUUUGCAAAGCAGAUGUAGCAGUUCACAGAGCUGUGGUUGCUCUCAUGACUGCUGAAGCGAUGAAAGCUGUCUUCGGAGGAUAGGAGGGAUGAUGGGUAGGUUAUCUGAAGAUUAUCAGCAAACAGAAUUGGUAUAGUUCUUAAUUUGACCCUGAAGAAUGUGCAGAUGGCAUGGAAAUGUUUCUCUGAGGCGGGAGCUGGUCCAAGAUUUGUCGAUGCUGGUGCGCCUUUUACCAUGCACAGUUUUUGAAGGAAAAGUUUAUGGAGAGGGUAUUAUUAGAGAAAUAUUUGGUUAUCACAUUUAAUUGUCGAUAUUUUGGCAGUUUUCUAGUCCAUCCUUGCAAUACCUUAGUGAUUCCAGUAGUCUUUUACACCAGCAGCAAGUGUAUGCCUCAUUAGUGCUGCUUGUCGUGUUUAUUCUGCAAGAGCAUUGUAUAGAAUCUUUUGCUACCAUUCUCUGUACAGUUACCCCACCCCCCUCUAUCAAAUAAGAAAGAAAAAAAGAAAUGAAGAGAGAUUGACCAAA